GCAACCGGAUGUAACCAAUUAGCUCAUCCGGCAGCUGUGGUAGAGCCCCUUAACACCCGAGCUAACGUAACGUAAACAGUCCAAACUGUAACAUUUUAACAAUAACGCCAUAUUGUCAUUUGACAACACCAAAGACCAGACAUGAUUAAAGCCAUCCUGAUAUUUAACAACCACGGAAAGCCGCGGCUGAUCAGAUUCUACCAGUAUUUUGCGGAAGACUUGCAGCAGCAGAUCAUUCGGGAGACCUUCCAUCUGGUGUCUAAAAGAGACGACAACGUCUGCAACUUCUUAGAGGGUGGAAGUCUCAUCGGCGGCUCCGACUACAAGCUCAUCUACCGGCACUACGCGACCCUCUACUUUGUCUUCUGCGUGGACUCAUCUGAGAGUGAGCUCGGCAUCUUGGACCUGAUCCAGGUGUUUGUGGAGACGCUGGAUAAAUGCUUUGAAAAUGUCUGUGAGCUGGACCUCAUAUUUCAUAUGGACAAGGUCCAUUACAUCCUGCAGGAGGUGGUGAUGGGAGGCAUGGUGCUGGAGACCAACAUGAACGAGAUCGUAGCCCAGGUGGAGGUGCAGACACGCAUGGAGAAGUCCGAGGGAGGUCUGUCGGCGGCUCCCGCUCGCGCCGUCUCCGCCGUGAAGAACAUGAACUUGCCCGAGAUCCCCCGCACCAUCAACAUCGGAGACCUCAAUAUCAAAGUGCCGAGCCUCUCGCCGUUCUGAACACAGCUGAGCGCUGCAGGGCUGAUGUACUCUCGAUGCAGCUCCCCAAUGCACCCGGUUCUGUUGUUGCUACAUAGAAGAAGAAGAAGAAGAAGAAGAAGAAAUGUUUUCCCUGUGUAUUAUGGGACCACAGAAGCUUAUUCUCUCCCCUCAUUCCUAUCUUCUCAUCCGAACUGGCGACAAGCACAGACAAGUUACAGAUCAACGCCCCUUCGAAAGGAUUCACACAAUAAUGUAAAGUCUGAUUCUAUAACGCGUCCUGGGGCAUUUUAAUAUAUACGUACUUCCUUCUAUUCUCUCUAUCUCAGUUAUUUUUUUUAUUUCUCCAGUUGAUCUCCUACUCCUUUUAGAUGAAAGAAAGAUGGCCCAGUGCCUAUUUUCCUGCACAACUCUUCCAAAUCCCUGACAUUUAUCAGCGGUCGUACCGCCCGGGGAGCGAAAACUUUCCCCUCUUUGUUGGACUCGGCCAAUUCACCGUAAUAGGAUCUUUUGGCUUAAAUGUUGGGUUGUAAUUGCUCAAAUACAUCUUUAUCUCCUGUGUGUGUGUGUGUGUGUGUGUGUGUGUGUGUGUGUGUGUGUUCCUUCCUGUCAGAACUUGUUUUCCUUUCCCUGUAAUAUAUCGUGUCCACCGUCAUCCUUGUAAUUUAGCAAAUGACAUACGGCUCUCCUGGGUGCAGCUUGUGCUCAGUAUAGCAAAUAUAAAUGCUGUCUAGCUCUCGCCAAGUUCUGAUGUGCCGCGAUACGGUCUUUACAACAUCUGUUCCGAGAGGCAACAGGUGUCCGUUUGUUCUCGCUGUUGUAAAUACAAUAAAUGAAAAUAAAUUCCCCCAUG